CUUCAAAUUUAUGGAGUUAUACUAAACUCAAAAUCUUCAACUUCCCCUUGCCUAUAUUAAGGACACUGUCUACCUCAGACGGCUUACUCUUUUCCUCUCUAAUGAACAACUCCAUCACCAUCACUACUGCUGCCGCAGCCACAGCCGCCGGAGCUACCGUCAAACGCCAGAAAAAACUUGACCAAUAUCAUGAGUAUCAGUGCUUGAUUCCUGGACUUCCUGAUGAUAUAGCUCAAAUUUGUCUCUGUCAUGUUCAACCUUCGGCACUUUACUCCGUUUGCCAUUCAUGGCGCCGGCUUGUUUAUUCUCCUUCGUUUAGUCCCUUUUUAUCUAUCUAUUCCCUACUGAAGCCAUCUAAAUCUGAGGAGAAUUCUGUUGAGUUCGCGAAUUUCGAUCCGAUUUCAGCAAAAUGGAACUUACUUCCUCCGCCGCCGCUUAAUCCACCUCUCCGCCUCCUUCUCCGUCACCGUUCGUUCAUCUCCCGCCACCUUCCGAUUCAAUCGGUGAGCGUUUCCGGCAAAUUUAUACUCCUCGCCGCGACGACUGACCCUUUGUUGCCGGCUUUAUCUCGGCCUCUUGUUUUCAAUCCGCUCACACGCAAAUGGACAUCCGGUCCCCGAUUCGCAAAUCCAAGACGUUGGUGCGCUACCGGCGUGUCGCGCGGCAUGGUGUACGUUGCGAGUGGGAUUGGGUCAAAAUAUAACCCCGAGGUAGCUCGAUCAGUUGAGAAGUGGGACCUGAAAAGUAACUGCACCGAGUACAACUGUAACCAUCGCGAUAAAAACAAGGGCUGGAAAUGGGAGAAAAUGAGUGGUCUCAAGGAUGGGAAAUUCAGUAGGGAAGCGAUUGAAGCAGUAGGAUGGAGGGGGAAGCUGUGUAUGGUGAACGUGAAAGGCGAUGCCACGAAAGAAGGAAUAAUCUACGACGUCGGAAGCGACACGUGGCAGGAGAUGCCGGAGGGGAUGUUAAUGGGAUGGAGAGGUCCGGCGGCGGCGAUGGAGGAGGAAAUUAUUUAUACGGUGGAUGAAUCUAAAGGAGCAUUGAGGAAGUAUGAUCCUGGAAGUGAUAGUUGGAUUAUGAUUUUGGAGAAUGAGAUACUUAGAGGUGCACAACAUAUGGCUGCUGCCGGCGGUAGAGUGUGCGUGGUUAGUGGAGGCGGUGAUGGGAUAGUGGUGGUAGAUGUGGUGGCUGAGCUGCCGAGUUUGGUGGUGGUGGAAACUCCGUUGGGGUUUCAGGUUAUGGACGUACAUAUUUUGCCAAGGAUGAACCAAUUGGAUUCUGAAUCACGAGAAAAUUGAGUUCGACAAAUAAAUUUUCAAUUUUAAAAAAAGGUGAUAAUUUUGAUUUAUCAAAGUCAAAUCUUUUACAAAAAUGUCCUUGUGUUGGUGAAUGUUAUAGACAUUUUAGGUCAAUAGAUAAAUAAGAAACAUUUUAAUACCAUUUUCAAUUGUUCAAAUACAUUUAAAACUCUUUUCCGUUAACUAAAUUAUUAACACAAAUAUACUAUUAAACAAAAUAUUGAGUUCGAAUCAAACUCACAUGUGGGCUACUAUCUCUGCCAAUAAUAUCAUCAUGCUAUGUAUUACAUCGUCAUUAGUUAGCUCUUCUAUAAUUAGACCAUACGAAGCAUGAUGUAAAACCGCAAUCAUAAAACAAACGAUUUUGUAUAUUCCGCGUAUGUUCUCACACUAGCAAUUGCUCAUUCAUAUGUACUUCUUUCUAAAUUCACUUAUGCUGACAUAAGCGCUUAUUUUUUUUUCUGUGAUACCAUUACAGUAUAUUACAAUAUAUAAAUAUACUCUGAUGAUAUCAAAGAGUAAUUAAGGAAUGUAUUUAUUGAAGGACUGUUUCUUCCUCAUUGAUACAUCAAAGUACCCUGAGCAAU